AUGACAACCAGAUCGCUCUCUGAGCUCGCAACGGGGAGAGUGCCAUUGGCCUUUGAACUGCUGCGCGCCAAGUCGCCACAAGGGUCGGCCACUCAAAAAUCGCCAAUUUUGUUUCUGCAUGGAUUUCUAGGAUCCAAACGGGAGAACAGACAUGUAAGCAGGCUCCUCGCGAAAGACCUGACCCGCGACGUCUAUACCUUGGAUUUAAGAAAUCAUGGAGACUCCGGUCACCAUCCCCUGCAUACCUAUCCGGAAAUGGCAUUAGAUGUCAAAUGCUUUAUCCAGACACACAACUUACAACGGCCCACUGUGAUUGGCCAUUCCAUGGGCGCCAAAACUGCAAUGACCCUAGCUUUGGGAUCACCAGACCUUGUAUCCAAUGUCGUCGCAGUCGACAAUGGUCCUAUUGAACUUGCUCUGGUACCAGACUUUGAAAAAUAUCUAGAUGCCAUGGCGGAAAUUCACAGCAAACAAGUUCCUACUCAUCUUGAAGCUGAUAAGAUACUCAGAGAAACAGUAACGGUUAGUACUCGAAGUGUUCUAUCUGAUGAAAUCAAGUUACUUACCUCGAGAACCUUACAGGACGCAUCCGUGCGAUUAUGGCUGUUGAGCAAUUUCAUCAAAGAGAAAGAAAGUCCCUUUUUGAAACUACGUCUCUCGGUAGACAUCUUACGAGGAGCUCUAGGGCCCUUAGGCAUGUUUCCGUACAAGCCGGGUUCUGCAACAUUUUCUAAUCCGGUACUGUUCCUUCGAGGUCUGCAAAGUCACUACAUUCCAGAGAAUGCAUUUCCCUUGAUGAAUACACUCUUUCCUCGUUCAGAGACUGUCAACAUUGAUUGUGGACACUGGAUAGUGCAGGAAAAGCCCGAAGAAUUCAGACAAGGUAUGAUUUAUCUAGUCUCACAGAUGAUACGUCACUAA